GGAAGGACUGUGCAAUUUAGUGAGGCUGAUGUUGCCCUGAUAAGGGGUCUUGGCCUCUCAAGUAGUACAGUUUCCCUAUCGGAAGGUGUUGUUGGUAGUGGAUUGUUACCAAGAUCUUUUAGCUUUGAUCAAAAUCACUCUGCCUCUAUAGAGCUGGAUCUUGGGUGGCGUAGACUAAAGAAGAUUGUAUGAUUAGAUUGUAAGGAGUAUGUUGAGGAGGUGGUAAAGUUGUUUAUUCUGUUCUUGUUCGGUUGUGUGUUGUUUCCCCAAGGCAGUUCGAGGGUGAGCUCCUUCUGGGCUGGAUACUUGACGAUUUACAACGUAUCAGUGAUUAUGCCUAGGGUAAAUGUGUACAUCAAUUCUUGGUCGGUGGUCUUGAUUAGGUUGUUUCUAGUUGUGGUGCUGGAUCGAACAGAGGCUCAUCCUCGUAUAGCGGUUGUCUAUUUGGAUGCAGCAUAGUGUUGAUGGCAUGGUUUUACGAGCACACAACAUUAUUCAGUCCUUCAGUUCCUGAUGCUAUUCCUCAUUUGUUUAAGUGCGGGAAUAUGGGGUAUCAGUGGAAGUCGAAGAGGGCCGAUUUUUUGAAGAAAGCUAGGGUGGAAACGGUUAUUGAGGGUUUGAACCCUACUAGCGAGGAGAUGGCCUUAGUGGAUGUUCGGUCGGAGGGCUGUUUUGUGGACCGAGGGGGCCAUGGUAUGGGUGGGGAACCUUUUUAUAAUGGAGAAGAUGUUGAUCAUGGGUGGCGUUGGCCUGGGCAAAAGGAAUUUUGCAAAUCUUGCAUGGAAUCCAUGGAAUAUCAAAUUCUCUGUACGGAGGCCGAAGAGUAUAACUCGACAAGAAAGUAGAACGUGGAACUUCGUGAUGAAGUUAAUAAGCUUCACAGAAUGAUGAGAAAUAAUGGGCUAGACCCUGUUGCAGCACCAUGUAGUGAUGGGCAUGAAGGUUAGGCAAACUACUUGCCGGACGAUGAUGAUUAUGGUGUAGACUUACUUGCUGGAGUUGCAUGUGGCACCACGGGGGUAGAACAAUCUCUCGAAAGGACUAGCAUUGCUGCCCCAUCCUGCGAGAUUCUUAAUGGCUCGCCCUUCAUUUCCGAAACUUAAAUUUGUAAGUUUCCUCGGGCAAGGAGAGAAGAAAAGCGAAGUAGCAUGGUGGUGUCGCCCUUUCAAGCUCCUGGGCAGCAAGGGCAAGUAGCGAAAGAGUUUGCUAUUGCUGCAAGGUCCAAAAGAGAAGUGAAGGCGAAGGUGAAAUGAUAACUGUUGGUGUUGUCUUGGGGUUAUUUGUAGGAUUGUUUUGGUUUGAUUUGACUUUCUUAUUAGUUUAUAAAAUGAACAUUUGUUGCAGUCAGUGGAUGCACGUGCAUUGUGGAAUUCUUUUAAGAUGAAGAACUUGGUCCCAAAGGAGGACCUUGAAGUUGUGAAACAGUUCUUGAAGAAAGGGGAAGUGCACAUGACUGUUUAGUAGAUUGUGUCUAUUUAAGUGAUUUGCUUUAAACUACAAUUUGUUUGUAUUGUAAUGAGGUUGAUUAAUGGUUAUGGCAGUGAUCAAUUGGU